CACAGCAGGCACGCACAUGAACGGGUUCUGAGUGGUUCUGGAGUCUUUCUCUGUUUGUGUUGAAGAUGCUCUGCUGGGAGUUGUGUGUGGCCCUGCUCCUCCGGGCUCUUCCAGUGGGGACAAUCCCAUCCACCAACAUCAAGAUCACUCAAGCCCUCCCCCUUCACUUCCCAGACUCAGGCCCACCAGUCACCUGUCCAUUGUUCUGGACGGAGUUCGAAGGUCACUGCUACCGUUUCUUCCCACGGAACAGUACCUGGGCCGAGGCCGACCUGUACUGCUCUGAGUUCUCCAACGGCCACAGGUCCGCCAAACUCUCAUCCAUACACAGCUGGGAGGAGAACAUGUUUGUUUACGAUCUCGUCAAUAGCCGUAUCCCAGGGAUACCAACGGACAUAUGGAUUGGCCUCCAUGACAGGAGACAGGAGGGCACUCUGGAGUGGAGCGAUGGCAGCAGUUAUGAAUACAGCUACUGGGAUGGCAACCAGCCUGAUGAUGGGAUACACAGUCUCCCUGUAAAGGAGGACUGUGUCGAGAUCUGGUACCGGCAACACAGUGCGCUGAGGUCCUGGAAUGACAACAGCUGUGACAAGGCCUUUCCCUUCGUGUGCAAGAUCCCCACACUGGACAACUAGAGUAUUGGGCUCCAUCCCACACACACACACACACACACACACACACACACACGUGAUGCUAGGGGACUUGUGGCUGUUCUGUCCUCCCUCUCUCCUCUGUUAGAAGGAUCUCCAGUGGUGUGUAACAGGCCUGCGCUCAAUGCCUCAAAUGCCACCAAAUUCACUAUUUGUUGCACUACUUCAGCACACUAUUCCCUAGAUAGUACACUACUUAUGGUCAGAGAUAUGGGAAUAGGGUUCAGUCGGAGUGCACACACAUACACACACAUACAUGAUCACACAGAAGCAUACACAGGACUCUCAUGUAAAUGGGCAGUUUUUAAUCUUCUCUCACACCGUCUUUGAUUGCUUCCAUUAUCUAUUCAGAGGAACUAUGACUUUAGUAGUGAUUUUAGAUUAAAACAUCUUGUAACAGGUUAUAAUGGUUUAUGAAGUUAACAUUAUUAGAAAAGGUUUAGGGUCACGUGUGAGACGUGGCCUGUUGACGUUCUGGUCUGUGCUCGUCUCCUCUGCCUGUUACCAGGUCAUUCCCUGUUUAGUGUUCAGCAUUUACCCACAGCCUAUGUGACUGUGAUGAACGGUAUUGUACUAUAAAGGGAAGAUGCUGCUGUUGUCUGAGUUCCAUUGUAGGCAUCUGUUUACAUGUAUUGUCGUGUUCAAAACGUGAGGUGAACUAAGAAGAUCCUUUUAUAAUUCAAGAAUACAUUUAAUGAAAACAAAACCUUCUUAUUUCGUGUCCCAAUGUCAGUACAUCUGUUAAGUAACCUGAGGUUGGUAGGCUGGAUAGUUACACACCAUGCAAACAAAAUCAGAUUCCUGAGAUUUCUCUGGAAUACCGGGAGCUACUAUAUUCCCUGGAAUGUCACCGGUUCACUGGGUAGGACCUACUGCUGUUUUAUUUGUCUCGACUUCGUUGAGACCAGAACACGCUAGAGACCAGUACACGCUAGCCAGUGUCACAUUUUUGUUGCACCAAUCUGAUCACUAGAAUGGCUUGGCACAGAUCCCUUUUAUGGACGACUUGAAAUGAACUUAAUGGGAUUUUUGGCAGUUAGACGGGGUUGGUUGGAUACAUUUGGGUGUUAUGAAAUUGAUCAAGGGGAGAUCAAGUGUUCAUGUAACAAUAGAGGAAUCGAAGAUCCCAUCAGAGGAUUGGUGGAGAAAGCACCUCAAGCAACUGCCAUACUAACUCAAGCUGACCUUCCAAACCAGAAGUACCCCACUUCUGGAAAGAUAACAAAGCCCGGCUGCCGAACACACCUGAACACGCCACAAUCCUGCUAGAAUGACCGGUGAGACCAAAUGUGAUAUUUUUGGUGAAGCACACCCUCUCUAUAUUUACAGAAACAAAAAAAUGCUUUAAAGAGAUCAGAACACCUUCCUCACCGACAAACAUGGAGGAGGAACCGUGAUGUUGUGGGGCUGCUUUGCUGCCUCUGGCUCUGGGUGACUUGAACAUGUGCAUGACGUCAUGACAACAAGAGAAUAAUAUCAAGGCAUUUUGAGAGAAAUGUUUUGUAAUAUCAAAUACCACAAUACCGAAAUUAUAUUUAGCAAAUUUAAGAUUUGUGACUACUGAGUAACAGGUUUUCAUAGAAUAUUUCUAUAGUGCACUACACUGUAUUGCACAAAGGCCCAACACCAUUCUCAUUCACUCUGCUUUUCCACCUUUCCCCACCCUAGGAAAAUGGUGACUCAGAGAAAGGUAUUUUUCCAUAAAUGUUUUUCUUGGGCAAGUGGGGAGGUGACAUUUGGUACACCAGAGCCAUCACCUCUUUCUUUAUCGCCCUCUUGCCCUCUCUCUCUUUUUUCUCAAUAAAAUUUCAGUUAAAAAACUUAAACCUUGCUUGACGAACUCAU